AUGCAUUCCACAUCCUCGUCGCUCUCGCUCUCGCAAUCCCCGUCCGGAACCAACCGAGACGGGAAUGCGCCGCCCCCCGCAGCUGGCGUCGUGGGGCAGGGCUACACGCCCAAGGUCUCGUUCGACACCUUCGAGAACCCGGCCGCGUCCAUGUUCUCGUACACGCUGCACGUCCAGUCGUCGGGCUACUCGCGCAACCGCCAGACGCGCGUCUUUCUGUGCGCAUCGAGCCCGGACGAGAGCGGCAGCCAGGCGCUCGACUGGGCGCUCGAGUCGCUCGUCCAGGACGGCGACGAGCUCAUCGUGUUCAGAGGGGUCGAUCCGGAGGAAUUGGAGAGGGACCACGAGCUCGUCCGCGAGGACGCACGCGAGCUUAUGCGCCAGUGCCAGGAGAAGUGCAUCGAGUACGAUCCUGAUCGCAAGCUCUCCAUCAUUGUUGAGCUCAUCGCCGGCAAAGUCACCACGACCCUCGACCGCCUCAUCGCUCUGUACCGCCCAGACUCCGUCGUCGUCGGCACGCGUGGCCAGCGCGGCAUGAUGUCCGCCUGGGGCGCGGCCUUCGGUGGUUCAAGCAUGGGCUCCGUCUCCAAGUACUGCCUCUCGCACUCCCCCGUGCCCAUCAUCGUCGUCCGACCGGAGAAGAAAGUCAAGAAGGCGGUCGCGAAGCGUCGGGCCAAUCCGAAGCGCGGAACGCACUUUGAUGAGUGA